AUGAGGAGGAGAAUCCUGGAUGUCCCAGGGGAAGCUGAGGAGCCUAGCCAACAGGAGGAGGAGAAUCCUGGACCAGCUGGGGAGCCUAGCCAACAGGAGGAGGAGAAUCCUGGACCAGCUGGCGAGCCUAGCCAACAUGAGGAGGAGAAUCCUGGAUGUCCCAGGGGAAGGACAAGGUCACAACAGGAGGAAGACCCAGCUACCUCCUCCAGCAUAAAGGAGGAAGAGGACGAAGAGAAGGAGAGGGGCACAACCCCUUUAGCCGUCUGUGGACUCAUGGACCACAGUAAAGAAGACUAUUACCAGGAUCAUGACCCCUCCAGCUCUGAGCGCGUCAGUUGUGUGGCAGUGAGCUGGCAGGCUCAGGACACCCAGAACCAAGACCAGCACAAAAACAGCAUGACCCGAUUACAGAUGGCCGAUGGAAUAAACCUGUCUGACUCUGAAAAGAGCCCCUCCCUCAAGCAGCAAGCUCUGGAGGCUGAGCUGUGCCCCUCGCCACCCGGAACCCCUCAGGAGGACCUGGAUCACCCCCCUUGUACCAAGGACUACCAGAGCCUAACCCCAUCUCUCCACUCCCUCCCAAAACAGGAACAGGACAUCAUCAGUACUUCACUGACAGAAGCUAGUCCGGUCCAGAGGCCCCCCGUGUCUCUCUCUGAGGGCAGUAGCAGUGAAUGUCUGAUGACCCCUAGUCCCAGUCCUCUCCUUCAGCGCCUUGCAGUGGGUGACUGUCCCGUACCGUCCCCCCGCAGCCACAACCUCAACUUGGGCCAUCGCUUCAACACGGACCCUGAAACGGCCCCCUCCCCACCCUGCUCACAACACAUCAGGAUGGCUCACCACACAGUGAGGACUGAACCAGCAGAGGGCGCUAACAAGGCCCCAUCGGUCACGACGCUCAACAGACACAUCCAGAACGUGAGGAAGAGGAUCAGACGCUUCGAGGAGCACUUUGAGCAAGAGAGACAGUACAGGCCAGCACACAAUGAUAGGACUGCCCAUCAUGAGGUGUCUAGACUGAUGCGGGACCUCACCAAGUCUCGAAAGCAGCUCAAAGAGCUGAAGCUGAAACAGUGUGCAGAGGGGCUCAGAGAGCAGCAGAAAGGGGGAAACACAGGGACAUGCAGGUCCACAAGUGAACCCAAGGGGGCGAUGGAACACUACCACAACAGUAACAACAAACCCUCACUGGAGGAGACCAUUGAUAGCCUGAUGAAGAGACUGAUGGAGAAACGAGAGGAGGAGGGACUGCCUGAUAACAUCAAGGAGAUGACUCCAGCUCAGAUGGCUGUGGAGAAGGUCACCCUGCAGAAGUGUCUGCUCUACUUUGAGAGCCUGUAUGGGCGACCGAGCACCAGACAGGAGAAGACUCUGAUGAAGCCCUUCUAUGAUCGCUACCGCCAGGUCAAACAGCAGCUCCUGUGUUCACCCACCACCAUCCCCGUCAUCACCACCAUAGAGGAAGAGGAGGGUUCUGAUGAAGAGUGUGUGAAGGACAGCACCUGGCUACCUCAUACAGCACUGCGUUGUGUGUCUUCAGAUGAGUCACUGCGUCUGCCGCAUAGUGAAGUGGCCAAUAUGCCCCUGGUGUCACCUCUGGAGGAGAUCAAAGGUCUACAGCCGCCCAGUGUCACCACUGCAACACUGCACGAGGCAUCAAGGUCAGAGUUACUGGAGCAGCUGAGGAUGACGCGAGCUGAGAAGAAGAGACUCCGUUCAGCUCUCCGAGUCUUUGAGGACCACUUCUACACACAGACCGGCCGGGCUGCCCAGAAAGAGGACCGUGGGCCCAUGGCAGAGGAGUACUGCGAGUACAAGAACUUAAAAGCUAAACUCCGUUUGCUGGAAGUCCUGCUCAGUAAACGGGAUACUCCGAAGACUGUUUGA